AUGCCUUACGAAUCCAUACCGCAGUUCGAUACGCGCGGAGUUUGUGUUUCACUCUUUCGAGACGUCAAAAACAUAGAGGAGCUCCGCAGCAAGGUUGGCACAAUGCCUUUCGCUGUGAUCGACGCAUCGUGCGUUUGCUGCCGUGAGCAGUUGUUUUCAGCGGUCUACAAAGCACUAAUUGAGUGGAAGUACAACAGGCUCAGGACAAAAGCGCUACAUUCAGAGUGCAUCCUCUCGCUGUCGCCGACCUCCAAUAUCGGCGAGGCCUUCAGGCGCUUUGGUAUAAAAGAAGGUACUAGAAAUAUCAUAUGCUUAGCGGUAGUUGGAAAGAAUGAAACCCAAACCUCCGAGUUGUUUGAUGUUGUCGAUGGAGAAGAAGUCGAACUUUCAGACGAAAACCUCGGCUCCAUGUUUGACCUAGAAAUGAUAAAGAAGGUAUGUUGGCCUUUGAAAGUAUUCCAGUAG